AUGGUCAAAAUCAAUCACAAACAGGCCGCAUUGGAUUUCUUAUCCUUUGUCAACGCCUCCCCCACUCCCUUCCACGCCGUGAAAUCUAGCAAGGAGUUGCUCACAGCAGCUGGCUUUGAGCAAAUUAAAGAAAAAGAUUCGUGGUCAUCAACUCUCCAACCUGGUGGGAAAUAUUUCCUCACCCGCAAUGGAUCUACCUUGAUUGCAUUUGCCAUUGGCAAGAAGUGGAAGCCUGGUAAUUCUGUGGCAAUGGUCGGAGCACAUACCGACUCCCCUGUUCUCAGAAUCAAGCCCAUCAGCAAAAAGCAAGGUGAAGGUUUUGUCCAAGUCGGCGUUGAAACUUAUGGAGGAGGUAUCUGGCACACGUGGUUCGACCGUGAUCUUGGUGUUGCUGGUCGUGUUAUGGUGCGCGCAAACGAUGGAAGCAUCCAGCAGAAAUUGGUCAAGGUUGACCGACCCAUCUUGCGCAUCCCCACCCUGGCCAUUCAUCUGGAACGCAAGGAAUCAUUUGAUUUCAACAAAGAGACUCAACUCUUCCCUAUUGCCGGCCUUGUCGAGGCCGAGCUGAACAGAACCAAAGAUUAUACCCCGGACUCUUCUCAGCAGGAAACUCCGACAACCUCUUUGAAACCCACAACAGAACGCCAUCACCCUUACCUUGUCGAACUGAUUGCAAAUGAAAUCGAUGCUAGACCCGUCGAUAUUCUUGACUUUGAGUUGAUCCUUUUCGACACUCAAAAGUCAUGCCUAGGUGGUCUUCUCGAGGAAUUCAUCUUUUCCCCCCGCUUGGACAAUCUUAACAUGUCCUUUUGCGCUGUGCGAGGACUAAUUGAGUCCGUCCGAUCCAGGAAAGCUCUGGACAAUGAGAGCGCCAUCCGCCUCAUUGCACUGUUUGACCACGAAGAGAUUGGCAGUAAGAGCGCUCAUGGUGCGGACUCAGAUGCUCUGCCAGCUGUUCUUCGUCGUCUUUCCGUGCUACCUGCCAAGGAAGUCGGCGCUAAGGCUGUUGACCUGUCCACUGCCUACGAGCAAAGUCUUACUACAUCCUUCCUCCUAUCCGCUGACAUGGCACACAGCGUCAAUCCCAACUACAGCGCCAAAUACGAAUCAGACCACAAGCCUCUUUUGAACAAGGGUCCUGUCAUCAAGAUCAACGCCAACCAACGUUAUGCAACUAACGCUCCGGGCAUCGUCUUGUUGCAAGAGGUUGCACAAAAGGCAGUCGAAGAUGGAGGUGACGUUGUACCCUUGCAAUUGUUUGUCGUUCGCAACGACUCUUCCUGCGGAAGUACUAUUGGACCGAUGUUGUCCGCUAAUUUGGGUGCCAGGACUUUGGACCUUGGAAACCCUCAGCUUAGUAUGCAUAGUAUCCGAGAGACUGGUGGCACGGAGGACGUUGGACAUGCUGUGAGGUUGUUUGCGAGCUUUUUCGAGCAUUAUUCGGCUUUGUCUCCUACUAUUCUUGUUGAUUGA